AUGGAUAUCGACAAAGUCGAUUUUGAUUCUGAAAGCGCUUUCUAUGAGCUUAUCACGAGCCAUACUUUAGAAGAAUUAUUAUCACUUGAGAACAAUUUAUCUUCAGAAAUUAGGACACUUGAUGGAAAUAUGCAAACUUUAGUAUAUGAAAAUUAUACUGUAAUGGAUUGAACUGAUAUUAAUUUAUCUAACUCCCCCCCCUUUAAAUUGGAACUAAAAAUUUUGUUCCAAUUUAAAGAGGGGUUAAUUUUUUUUUUUAAAAAAAUUAUCCAUAUAAAAUUUUUAUAAAAAACAAAAAUUUAUAUAAAAAUUUAAAAAAAAAAAAUUUAUCGAAUUAGAUCAAUAAAUUUGUCUGAUGAAAUGCUAUUUACUCUUUAUCCUUUAAAACAAAGCAAGAUAUAACUAAAUUUAUAUAUUAGUUAAUACGCCACUAUUAAUUGGUAUCAAAAUUAUUUACACAAAAAUUAUUAUUUUUAUUGAUAAAAAAAAAUUAAAAAAAAAAAAAAAAUUUAGAAAAUUUAUCGAUCAAAGUGCUAAUUUUGUUUAAAUAAGAUGUUAUUUAUGCUAUAUUCUUUAAAUUAAAGCAAUAAAUAAGUAAAUUUUAAAAUUUUAUAAGGAAUUCGCAUUGAAUUUAUAUCAAAAACUAUUUAAAUAAAAAAUAUCAUUUUUAUCAAAAAAAAUAAAAAUUUUUAAAAAAAAAAUUUAAUUUUUUUUUUAAAUUUAACAAUUAAGGAUAAUAAAUUUAUUUAAAUAAGAUGCUCUUUAUACUAUCUUCUUUAAAAGAAGAGCAAGGUAUAACUAAAUUUUGAAUUUUAGUUAAGAAGAAACAUUUAACUUAUAUCAAAACCUUUUAGAUAAAAAUUAUCUAUGAUUUUUUAUUAUAAAAUUAAAUUUUGUUCAAAUUUAAAGGGGGGUAAAUUUACCAAAAAAAGUGGAAAUUUUACCUAUAUUUUGUUCCAAUUUAAAGGGGGGGGGAGUAAGUAAUACUUAUUUUGCAUAAAAUUAAUAUACUACUAAAUUAAAUAUUAAUAUGGAUUUAAAUAUAGCUCAAUAUACAACAAAUUCAUAUCAGCUACUGACACAAUAAAAUCAAUGAAAUCCAACGUCGAGAAAAUGGAAGACGAAAUGAAAAGGCUCGAAGAAAGCAUGAGCAAGAUCCAAGGCUUGACUGAAAAAGUAGACGGAGUCUUAGGACUAAAACAGCAAGAAAUCAAAAAAUUGGUAGGAAUUCAUGAAGAGCUGCAGAAAAUUAAAUUCAUCUGUGACUUGCCAGCUCUUUUGAGAUCCGCAAUUGAGAAUAAUUCUGAUAAAAAUAAAGUUGUAGAUUUUCACCAAGCAGCAGAAAGCUAUCAUGACUCUCAGUCCUUUUUGCAACAGCAUAAAACUGACACUUCUUAUGCUUCUAUCUAUCAAGAAACUAUGGAAUGCACAGAAACAAUCAAAAAAAUCUUAUGAAGCAAGCUGCAAGACUCAAACUUGCCUGCUCACUUAUUUACGAAGUACAUAAAAGAAAUGGCAUGGCUUGGAGAUGAGUCAGAAAAGCUGCCGACUUUGUUUUUCAAUUAGUAUUUUUUACAUAGCCAUAAGAGUCACAUAAUUUCGACACUAAAAAAGUUGUAUGAAAAAGCGACUUUGUCUGCAAAAUCAACCCCAAUUAUGCCUAUGGCAGAUUCCUACAGCUCAAUUCAAAGCAUUGACCAAGAUAUCAGAGUAAAUAUAAACGAAACUGACAGAGAAUACUCUAUAAAAGAAGGUUCUUUCAGCUGGUAUAUUUUGGAGGUCCACGAACAAGGGAUCCCUCAAUUUGUGAAUUCACUGGUCUCUUUUAAUGAAAUUUUCAGUGAAAAACAGAAAAACUUGAUGAUAAAUUACGUGAGGGACGUGCUUACAAUAUAUAUCAACAAUAUUAAAAAUAAAUUAAAAGAAGUCAACUCAGAGCUGGGACCUUUUACGAAGGCUCUUCAUAUAGUAAAUUCUGACAUGAAGCAAAUCAAAGCAUUAGUGGCUUCUAGCAGCCAGUUCAGUGUAAGUGAUAAGUUUUCGGAGCUAUUUGAAUUCACCAUUAGGCAUGAGGUCGAAAAAGUCAUAGAAAAUUUGCAAGGAAACUUAGUCAAUUUUUUAGAGAAUAUUAGCAGAGAUAUAGAAAACUCGACUGAAGGACUGCCUGAGUCCAUUGAAGGACCUACAGACAAAGCGGUUUAUGAUAUUAUGUACUCUGUAAUUGCGUCUGUAAUAGAACUGGAACCACUAAUAGAGUCGUCAAAAUCUUAUUUAACGUCUGGGAUCAUGUUUGUGUCACUAAUAGUGUCACAUUUAAUCCAAUUUUUCCAGUUUUUCAAGCAGGCAGUCUCAUCUUUUUCAUCAAGAUAUGCAGGCAAUGAUCCUUCUCUAUCAAGCUUAUACAAAAUUAAUAAAAGCGGGACAUUUUUGAUAGCGCUUCUCAAAAUUUCAAUUUCUCUAGAAGAAAACGGCCUCCCCAAGCUUCUCAGCACUAUAUCAAGCUCCUAUUCAGACCUAGGAAUUUCAAAGCCAGAAUUAAAUGACAUCAUCCAAAGGGUCGCAAAGCCAGAGCUACUUAUCACUUUAAAACAAACUCAAGAAGACCUCUUAACGAUCUACAUUGAGCACUAUGGAAAGCUCUUUUCUGACAUGCUAGAAGAAUACGCUAAUAUUAAUUGACUAAUAGACACAGAGCCAAUUGAUGUACAUCCAGUAAUUUUAAUAUAGAUAAUCGUGCAAAUUAUAGAAAACUUGAAAAUCGCCAAAAAGGAACUGAAAGUCUUUUUUAGGGGAGAACAAGCACUUAAUCAGAGAUUUAAGAGAAAAAGGGCUAAGCAUAACGUAGAAUUGGAAAUGGAAAGACUUUUCGCAAGAAAAGCGAAAACUUAUGAAAAUGUAAAAUUUGAGCUGAACAGCAUUUUAAGCAGCAUUGUGAAGCUGACGUUUAAAAGCAUGUAUGAAGAGCUGAGGAUGAAAGAAUUUGGCACUGGAGGAGUCCAGCAAAUAGAAGUCGACUCUAGCUUCAUGGGAAGCUGCAUUGACGAAAUCGUCGCUAUGGAUGAUAACGACAUCUUAUCUGGAUACGUCCACGAAGUAAACUUCACCGUUUCCAAUCGCAGCACGCAGCCUGUAAGCCUUCAAAAAACUUUACUAGAGAGCAUUGUGGAAAAUAAAAAAGAACAACUAAACAUUAAAAGUAAAUCUUAG